UGGAAAACCAUGUCUCCCACAGAGCUCUAAAUGGUACAACAGCAGAACCUUUUUAAAAGAGGUUGCUGCGCAUCAUCUGACCACAUGUGGACGGCUGCAGCAGAAGAAUGGUGUGUGCGUGUUUCAGACGACGUGUUGUCGAUUACAGAACUUGCCUUAGACAUCAUGGGAUCACAUUCCACAACGUCCAGGGAUCACAUUCCACAACGUCCAGGGAUCACAUUCCACAACGUCCAGGGAUCACAUUCCACAACAUCCCGAGAUCACAUUCCACAACGUCCCGAGAUCACAUUCCAAAACGUCAUCGGAUCACAUUCCACAACGUCCAGGGAUCACAUUCCACAACAUCCAGGGAUCACAUUCCACAACAUCCAGGGAUCACAUUCCACAACGUCAUCGGAUCACAUUCCACAGCAUCCAGGGAUCACAUUCCACAACAUCCAGGGGUCACAUUCCACAACAUCCAGGGAUCACAUUCCACAAUGUCCAGAGAUCACAUUCCACAACGUCAUCGGAUCCCAUUCCACAACGUCCAGGGAUCACAUUCCACAACGUCCAGAGAUCACAUUCCACAACGUCAUCGGAUCCCAUUCCACAACGUCCAGGGAUCACAUUCCACAACGUCUACGGAUCCCAUUCCACAACGUCCAGGGAUCACAUUCCACAACGUCCAGAGAUCACAUUCCACAACGUCAUCAGAUCACAUUCCACAACGUCCAGGGAUCACAUUCCACAACGUCAUCGGAUCACAUUCCACAACGUCCAGGGAUCACAUUCCACAACGUCCAGGGAUCACAUUCCACAACGUCCAGGGUUCACAUUCCAGGUCUCUGCAUCAAAGCCAAGCGACUGCAAAAGGUCCAACGAUUUAAGCAACACACCAAGUUUAUUUCUGCACUGCAGAAUAUUUGUAAGAUGAUGCACACGAUCAUGAUGGGAGUGCCUCCAACUGUAUGUGUCUAAACAGCCUGACGGAAUGUGAAUAGGCAGAGGAAAUACACACAAACACACAGAGACGGACAUAUCGGAAGAAAUGUAAAUGUUUUACUCAGAUGAUUGGCAUUCAAGUGAAUCAUAAGUGAGUUAUAAAAAUAAAACACACAAUGCCUACCCCGCCUCUA